UGUCAAGACGCUCGUCGUUCGAUUACGCAACCUGGUCGUACAGGUAGACCACUGAGCCUGCUUUUAUACGCGCUCCGGACUGACAGGAAAACACAAGUUAUAUUUUCCAAUAGACAAAACACUUGUUUGUGCAAAAAUGUCAGGAAAGGUUGUACUGCACUACUUCGACGGGAGAGGGAAAAUGGAGUCGAUCCGGUGGCUUUUGGCUGUUGCUGGUGUUGAGUUCGAGGAGGUUCAACUGACAACCAGGGAGCAAUACGAGAAGCUAGUGGAUGAUGGAGCACUCAUGUUUCAACAGGUUCCACUGGUUGAGAUGGAUGGAAUGAAGCUUGUUCAGACGAAGGCCAUCUUGAACUACAUUGCUGGAAAAUACAACCUCUAUGGAAAAGAUAUUAAAGAGCGUCUUAUGAUUGAUAUUUACUCUGAGGGUGCUAGGGACAUCAUGGAUAUGAUCAUGAUUCUGCCUUUUACACCUGCUGACCAAAAACAGAGUCAACUGGAUAAAAUACAGGGCAAAGUCAAGGAACGUAGUCUCCCAGCUUAUGAAAAGGCUCUUGCUCAUUCCCAGUACCUUGUGGGAACCCAGUUGAGUUGUGCAGAUGUGCAUCUCCUUGAGGCUACUCUUAUGCUGGAGGAGUUGUUCCCUACAAUACUUUCCACUUUCCCCAAAAUCCAGGAAUUCCAAAAGAGGAUGAAAGCAAUUCCAGCUAUCAGUAAGUUCUUGCAGCCUGGCAGUCAGAGGAAGCCUCCGCCUGAUGAAGUUUACGUAAAAACUGUCAUGAGUGUACUGAGCCAUGUUUUCAAGUAGAAGACAGAAAGUAGUUUGGUGACAGAUCAUUCAAGCACUUAUAAGCUUUGUUGUGCCUUGUACGGAAGAGGGAUAAUGUAAGGCUGUUAAUCAUGUAUUAAUUCUGUUUCACACUGGAUGCAAGUAAGCAUUGAAGAGUGGUUUCUGUUCUAUCCAAUGUAAUAUACAAUAUCCACGCUAUCUAAAUUAUUUAAUUAAUUAGAUAAAUCACUAACAAGUCUGAUGGAUUAGAAUUCUCAAGUGCACACUUGUGACAACUGUGAUGUAAAUCCAGUUAUGAUCAUCAUACAAAAAAGUGAAUGUUUUGGAGAUUAUGGUUACUUACAUUACAGCAUAAAAUAAUAUGCACUAAAUAAUAGUAGUUUGAUAAUAGUCUUGAUCUUUUGCACAUUGUGUGAAGCUGUUGCUUACGUAUAAUACUGGCUUUUUAAAGUAAUAAAUGAUUCCAAGUUGAAAA